ACUGAAAUAAAGGAAAUUGAUAUAGACUAAAGACUGGCCCAAAGGGACUAUAUAUUGAAAAAAUGGCCAAGGCGGCAAAAGGAAGGAAAAACAGUAUCCCAGAUAGUAUAGAGAAGAUGGGAAAUGACAACAAAAUUGACCAACUGUUGGAAAUGGUAACUGAAAUAAGAAAUGAAUCUACGCAAAGAUUCAAUAAGCUUGAAGACAAGUUAGAUACUUUUGAAAAAACUUUUGAAAAAAUUGAGAAAGAUAUAGACACUGUAAAGCUGGAACUAAGUAGAUUGAAACCCUUGGAAAAUAAAAUACAAACAAUAGAGGAGGAAAUCAAGAACCAAGUGGUGGUCAAUGCAGCAAUAGAAGGAAAAUUAGACUCCUGUAAAGAAGAAAUAGAAAGAUUAACCAAGCAAAAUGCACUUCUGGAAUUGAGAAAGAAAGAACGUAUUUUACGAUUUAGAGGGAUUCCAUCAAUAAACAAAACAGAUCUGAAUAAGAUAAUGAUUAAUAACCUUUCGAAAUAUCUGGAUAUAGAGGAAGACAUUCUUGAAGACGACAUUGACAAGAUAAUAAGACUUAAUUACAGAACUUCAGAUAAAGACAUAAGAGAAGGAGACGUUUUGAUUUUCUUUGACAGAAAGCAAACCAGAGAUGAGAUCUUAAAAAGAAACUCAAAGAAAAAAAUGGUAAUUGACUCAAAAGAAAUAACCAUACUUAAAGAGACACCAAAGUGGAUUCUCAAUAGAAGGAAAGAAUAUUUUAGUUUAAUUAAUUUCCUAAGAAAUGAAAACAUCACCUUCAAAUGGGAAGAAGUGGAGGGAAUCCAAUUUACUUAUGAAAGUAAAUUCUACAGACUCUUUUCAGUUCAGCAAGCCAAAGAGACUUUAGAAAAAAUCAAAUUAAAGAUAGGAAACUAAAAUAACCAGGAUCUUGAUCGCAAGAAACUGGAAGAAAACAACGCUUCC